CUGGAGGGGAAGCUGAGUGGCACCUGAAGUAAACUUUGGGUGUGAGACGGGAUUCAGGUCGUGGCUCAUGUGCUGGAGGUACACACAGUUGUGACCAUCAAGUAUGCAAGAAGCCAUCAUUCUCCUGGCUCUCCUGGGUGCCAUGUCAGGGGGAGAGGCGCAACACCUAAUCUUCUUACCUGCUACAGGCGCCGUCGCAGAGAAUUCUCCACCUGGGACUUUGGUGCACAACUUUUCUGUGAAAUUAGCAGCAUCACUGUCGCCUGUGAUCCCAGGAUUUCCCCUGAUAAUCAACUCUAAUCCCCUCACAGAAGCCUUCAGGGUGAAUUGGCUGACAGGCACUGACUUUGAGGUUGUCACCACUGGGAUGGAACAACUAGAUUUUGAAACAGGACCAAACAUAUUUGAUUUGCAGAUUUAUGUGAAGGAUGAGGUUGGUGUCACAGACCUGCAAGUCCUGACUGUUCAGGUAACAGAUGUGAACGAGCCACCUCGGUUUCAAGGCAACUUGGCGGAAGGUCUACAACUCUACAUAGUAGAAGGAGCAAACCCUGGAUUCAUUUACCAGGUUGAGGCCUUCGAUCCAGAAGACACAGGCCAAAACAUUCCCCUCAGUUAUUUCCUGAUUUCUCCCUCGAAGAGCUUCGGAAUGUCUGCUAACGGCACCCUCUUCUCCACAACAGAAUUGGACUUUGAAGCAGGACCCAGCAGUUUCCACCUCAUCGUGGAGGUGAGGGACAGCGGCGGCCUCGGGGCCUCCACGGCCAUCCAGGUGAACAUUGUGAACCUCAACGACGAAGCCCCUCACUUUACCAGCCCGACACGAGUGUACACGAUCCUGGAGGAACUGAGUCCCGGAACCAUCGUGGCCAAUAUCACAGCGGAGGAUCCUGACGAGGAAGGUCUUCCCAGCCACCUCCUCUAUAGCAUUACCACUGUUAGCAAAUAUUUCAUGAUAAAUCAGUUGACUGGUGCAAUCCACGUGGCCCAGAGGAUCGACCGAGAUGCAGGUGAAUUGAGACAGAAUCCCACCAUUUCCCUGGAAGUUCUGGUGAAGGACAGGCCAUAUGGGGGUCAGGAGAAUCGCAUCCAGAUAACCUUCACUGUGGAAGACAUCAACGACAAUCCUGCCACAUGCCAAAGUUUCACCUUCAGCAUUAUGGUGCCGGAAAGAACAGCCAACGGGACGUUGCUUCUUGACCUGAACAAUUUCUGCUUUGAUGAUGACAGUGAGGCACCAAACAACAGAUUCAACUUCACCACGCCAUCUGGAGUGGGGAGCGGCAGCAGAUUUUUACAGGAUCCAGCUGGCUCUGGGAAAAUUGUGCUGAUUGGUGAUCUAGAUUAUGAAAAUCCAAGUAAUCUAGCAGCCGGCAAUAAAUACGUGGUGAUAAUCCAGGUGCAGGAUGUGGGGGCCCCUUACUAUAAAAAUAACAUCUACAUUUAUAUCCUAACAAGCCCAGAAAAUGAGUUUCCUCUCAUUUUUGAUAGGCCAUCCUACGUAUUUUCUGUGUCAGAAAGAAGACCGGCCAGAACCCGAGUGGGACAGGUGCGAGCCACUGACAAAGACCUCCCUCAGAGCAGCCUCGUGUACUCCAUCUCCACCGGAGGGGCCAGCCUCCAGUACCCGAACGUAUUUUGGAUUAAUCCCAAGACAGGAGAACUCCAGCUGGUAACUAAAGUGGACUAUGAAACAACCCCCGUGUAUAUUCUCAGAAUCCAGGCCACCAACAGCGAGGACACAAGCUCUGUCACUGUUACCGUGAACAUCCUUGAAGAAAAUGAUGAAAAGCCAAUUUGUACUCCAAACUCUUAUUUCCUGGCCCUCCCAGUGGAUCUGAAAGUUGGCACAAAUAUUCGGAAUUUCAAGCUGACGUGUACUGACCUCGAUUCCAGCCCCAGAUCUUUCCGUUACUCCAUUGGUGCAGGCAACGUCAACAAUCAUUUCACCUUCUCUCCCAAUGCUGGUUCCAACGUCACACGCCUGCUGCUUACGUCUCGCUUUGACUAUGCUGGUGGGCUUGAUAAGAUCUGGGACUACAAGCUACUUGUCUACGUAACGGAUGACAACUUGCUGUCCGGCAGGAAGCAAGCCGAGGCUCUCGUUGAGACGGGAACAGUGACGCUGAGUAUUAAAGUCAUUCCGCACCCAACCACAGUCAUCACCACAAGCCCCAGGAAGCUGCACCCCUGGUCAGCAGCCCUCAUACCUGCAGCAUGCCAGAAGGAAACCCAGGGUCACCUACCAGGUCCUGAGGAAAAACGUUUACUCUCCGUCCGCAUGGUACGUGCCUUUUGUCAUCACUGUGGGCUCCAUAUUGCUUCUGGGUCUCCUGGUGUCCCUGGUCAUCCUGUUGGCCAAAGCCAUCUACAGACACUGCGCCGGCAAGACUGGGAAGAACAAGAAAGCUCUGACAAAGAAAGGAGAAAUGAAGAAUGCAAAGAGAGAGGUGGUGGUGGAAACUAUCCAGAUGAACACUGUCUUUGAUGGAGAAGCCAUAGAUCCAGUGACUGGGAAAAUAUAUGAAUUCAAUUCAAAAAGUGGAGCCAGAAAGUGGAAAGAUCCACUAACCCAAAUGCCAAAAAGGAAAGAGUCCGGCCCCCGGGGAGCUGCCCCAUGCAGACUUGCUGCUGGGGAAGGAUUGAGGCCACUGAGAAGUGCCAGCCGGGAAGAAGAUGAACUGAGUGCCAAUGCAUGGGCUGAGGAUGCCAGCCUGGCUUCCAGAAACAAGAGUGGCAAGCCGGGCACCCCAAAGAACAGAAACCCAGCCUUCAUGAACAGUGCUUCCCCCAAACCACACCCAAGAAAGUAAACAGGGUCUAGGGAGGAGCCUGUCAAUCACUGGGAUGCUGCCUCACCCUAAAUUCUAUGGGGACAGUGUGGGCAUGGCAUAGGUGGAAACGUGGGCUGAGGGGAUUCAGACAUCCAGGGUCAAACCUGGGAUGUUUGACAAAGUUUUAAACAAAUAGAAAGGGGUUUGAUCACAUAGUUGCCUGUUCUGAAAUGAUACAGGAAAAGUUUCUAUUAGAUCUCAAAACUACCUGUGCUUCUGAUCAACAGGACUGUUAACGCUGGGGUGUGGAAUUGCUGUGUUUCUUCUUUGCACUGACUGCUAGGAAGCUCUGUUCAGUUCACCAUUGGAAGUUCACAGGACUUCCUGACAUAAAUAGUGAAGAUCAUCCUCA